AGCCGGGCUCAUUUCAUUUCCCUAUCCUUCUGUUUCCUAAAUAUCUCUUUUCGCAGCGACAAAUGCUACCAUCAUCCACUGCCCUGUCUCUCGCCGGUGCCGGCAUCGUGCUGACGGUGAAUUUUUCCGGCAAACUGGUUCAUCUGGAAGCCAAGUGUUCUCCCAGACCCAGAAUGGUUUUCAGCCGUUGGUGCAUAAAGGAUCUUUCUUCACAGCAACACACCAUCAAUGGUUUCAAGUCCAUUAAGCGAAACUCACUGUCGAGCUUCGCAUUCGGUAGAAAAGCCGAAGACAGCUUUUUCUCGGAUGUAAAUGAAGACACAGAUGAAAUGUAUGAAGAUUUAAUUAAUAAUUAUGGAAAAGUGGUAUUUAGUAGAAAAGACAAAAAGCCUGCUAGCGCAGAGAUUGACGAUGAUGCUGAAAGCCUGUCAUUUGCUGUGGAAUUGGCUUCGGUUGCAAGUGAGGUUAAGGCAGCAGAUAUAAAGGUCUUGUUUGUGAAGCCACUUGUUUACUGGACCCGAUUUUUUAUCAUAGCUACAGCAUUUUCUCGUCCCCAGAUUGAUGCUAUCGGGUCCAGGAUGAGAGAUCGAGCUGAGAAGAAAUAUGGAAAAAUUCCAACAGGAGAUACAAAGCCUAACUCAUGGACCCUGUUGGACUUCGGUGAUGUUGUUGUUCACAUCUUCCUUCCCUCACAGAGAACUUUCUACAAUUUGGAAGAGUUUUAUGGUAAUGCAACACCAGUAGAGCUUCCUUUUGAAAAUCAACCACCAUUUCUUAGUUGACAGCACCUUUUGUUUGCCGGCAAUUGAAAAAACUCAAGAUGAUCAAGACAUUUAUAAUGACCAGCUUUCAGAAGUCUAUCAAUCACUGCCAGCUUUGGUUUGUUUACAUGAGUAUGAUGUAGGCCUUCCAAUAUGCUUAUCAGCAGGAGAAUUUGAGCUUUCCUUUAGCUGGGAUGGGAGUGGAGAAUCACUCAAUGGGGAAGCGAAAAGGCACAAUUUCAUUGCAUUCAGAAGUCUCUUUUUCUGAAUUUUUACAUUAGAGUGGUAAUUCCUAUUAAAAAUCUUUAGCAAAUGGGUAUAGAGGACAAAUUGUUGAAGUCCGUCUUGAAAUUCGAUUUCCGUUAGUUUGAAUUAGGUGGGUUUUGUGAAAUCAUGUAUUCUUUUUCUUCCAUAUUUAAAACAAGAGAAAGAGGACAAGAAAACGAUGAUUCAAAGGAACCUUUUGCUCUCUUCUUUUCC